AGCUCGAAGAAGGCUCCAAAGAACAUGGCAAAUAGUGUUCCAUCAUUGUGUUGAUCCUUGUACCACUCUUUCCUUUCUCCUUCACCGUCGUCGUCGUUGUUGUUGUCUUCUUUUGCAGGGGUUUCCUGUGGCACACACAAUAAGGAGCAUGCCAUUUCGGAGGUCCAAGCAGAGCAGGAAGGAGGGCCUCAACGAAUCCAAUCACAGAUCCUCGCGCCUGUACGACGGUCAAGAGCCCGUUCCAUGGCCUCUUGUGGUUCAUCAUCAAUCGCAUGUAGUUCCUUUUACAGUUCCUGCAACUCCCCAGAAGAAAGAUCCCAAUGACACCAGUGGGCUCACAGAGUUCGAUACUUCCUUCGAUGAAACGGGAUUUGUUGUUCUCCAGACGGACUGUACGGGUAGACCCAACAUUAAUGUGGCUAAUGGCGGCGGCCCAAAUCCGCAACGACGAGAACUUGUCGAUUUGAUGAAACGAACUGGCGGUACUGCUUUUAUCGCUCCUCCAAAGCGAGAUAACGAUGUCGUCCUUUUAACUCCGCCAAAGCAGAAGAGAAAUGACAGAGGUGCAAGCAAGAAGCAGCUUAAGAAAAUCAACAGUUUGGAAGAUUUGGCGGAUCAAGAGGAAUCUCCUGCUACUAAAACAAGACGCCACCAACUUGCCCUUAACAUUAGCUGGAGCCCCAGUACGAAGCAUCCCAACAAGAAUCCAAAGGGCAGGCUCAGUAUCUCCAAUAAACGAGGAGAUCUGGCGGUUCGACGAGUCAAAGUCAAUAGGAAGCCUGUUGAUGGAGCCAAGACGACUUCUCCAAUCAAAAAGGCAACGGUCAUUGACAACAAUACCUGGAAGAACACUGCUGGAACGGAUGCAUGUGAGUGGAUUAAGUUUGGAGACGACGAAGUCAUUCCAUCCGCAUUCGUCAGCUUUUCCUCCAUGCUUUCUAGGCCGUUGACCAGUAGCGCAGUAACUCUGUCCAUGCUUUCGUCCAAGACAACGGAAGGGCAAGAGGAUUGUCCGGUUUGGAAUGACCCGCCCGAUGGGAUGGUUCGAGAUAGCAUCUACCGGCACAUUCAAAUCUGCAUGGACUUGCGCGCGGACAAAAAGGGCACCACCAAUGCCACAGCAGCGAAGGAGGCUGCCAAGAAAACAGCAUCACCCGCGAGUAUUCCGGUCGAUGUCGACGAUGUCUGCUUUGUCGAGACGGCCGACCCAGAGACAGUCGACGCCGUGGCGAUACAAAACAUUAUGGAAGGUAAACCGCACGGAGCGUUGGAUUUCUUGUCAGUUCUUUUGCAGGAUCAACGAAAGGAGAGACUUGCUACAGAUUCUGAGGUCAUGCUUGAGGGCAGGAUAGCCACCACCAAGUCACAUUGUGCGUUGGUCUCCUUGCUCGCCAUGAGUCCAAAAGAGGCCUGGCAGUACUCAAUGUCGGCACUUCAGACGCACAAGAAAGCGGGAAGGCCAGUGCAAACAGCAUUUGCUACCAUCGAACUGGGGUUGGUUUUCAUGGGGAAAGAUAAGCUCAAGGAAGCCUUGCGGACCUGGAGGGAAGCGCUGCAGCUUACAUGCAUGACCUUGGGGUAUGAUCAUGGACAAGUUGCGCUGCUGCUUUCUAACAUGGGUUGUCUCCACUGCUGUAUGGGCAACAACCUUGCCAGUCUACGGGCUCUUGAGGAAUCCUUGGGUUUGCAGAGACAACUCCUUCGAUCAAUCAUGCCAGAGGACAGUGUUGACAUGCCUCUGUUCAACAUUGCGACGACUUUGGGCAAUUUGGCCAUUCUGAAGGCCAAAUUCCAAAACUACGAUGCCGCCGUUGGCUUACUUGAAGAAGCCUUGGCAAUUCAAGAGUCCAUUUUGGUCACUUCAGAAAAGGUCAAGGGCACCACCAAAAAAUAUUUGACGUGGUUUGAAAAACUGAGAGACGAAGCUGACGAUGUCAAUGAAAGAAACGACGCAAGUUUCGGCUGUUUUCCAGGGCCUCAACCUGACCUUUGCAACACAGGAGAUCGAGAACUGGCACUGUCCAUUUUCGGCGACAGCGACGGGAUCCCCCGGAGACACGAAGGGACCAAACAUCACCAAACGACCUCGCAAUCCAACGCUGGCGAAGACGACAACAACUUUGAUUGUGUCGAGCUAGGAUCACUCGUCAAAAGGUCCGCAGCACGGCAACGGGUUAGUGACACGGUUCAUCGAAGCUUGGAACGAUCGUCCGACAAGAUGGGAGAACAGAGCUCCUUGCUCUCGUGCAUCUCUACGUCGAGAAAGAAGCAGUCUAUUCUGGUGGAUAUCGACGCGGAUUCCGUGAUAGAUGCAGAGUUUCAUCUCGAAGAGAUCCACCUACAAGCUUUGGAUCAUCUAUCGCGCAAAGAAUAUAAGGACGCCUUUGACUUGUUUCAAAUGUCCCUUCGCAGCCACAAAGACAAGUACGGAGAUGUACACCAUCUCGUUGGGACGGCGUUGCAUAACUGCGGAAUUGUCAAUUUGAUGGCUGGACAAUAUGCCUUGGCGAAACCCUUCUUCCAGGAAGCUGUCAGUGUACGAACAGCCUCCUUGGGAGAAACUCAUCCUGAUGUUGCCGCCUCCAAGUACAAACUUGGUUUGAUUCAGUUCGCCGGAGGUGAUCCCGAGGGCGCACUUGCUUCUUUUGCGGACGUUAUGCUCCAUCUAGGAGCAAAUCCCUGUACCUACGGAUUCCUCUCCGAGGCAAAGAUGCUGAAUAACAUAGGAGUGGUGCAGUUUGAGAUUGGACAGACACUGGACAGCUUUCAAAGCUUCUUCCGGGCGUAUGAAGUUCAAAAGGGGCUCUUGAAAGAAGGCUCACACUGCGCCCCGGUGGAACGUGGCCUAGCUAGUACGCUCUGCAAUUUGGGAUACGUUUAUGCCGAGCAGAAACAGUACAGUGACGCCUUGGAUGCUUACCAGCAAGCCUUAACGAUGCUGAAAUGGCACUAUCCAAUGAAGAACGCCGCAAUCAUGACCAUACAGGAAAACAUUGCUCAUGUCAAGGCUUAUGGGGCUGUUAGUGAGAGUGACGUUUUGCCAAAAUGCACUCCAUUGAAAGCGGGAGUCGAAGAUGCACCCAAGUUUGUGUUUCCAAGCUGCACACCAGUAAGGGAUCGCUCCGCCACCGCCCAAUCGAAGGUUUUUGGCAGCUGCAUACCCCAUGGUCGGGACAAGCUCAAGAGAGAUGGAGGAAACGGCAAGCCACCAUUCCCACCUCGGGACACGGACAAACAGCAGAGUCAAGAGACACGUACGAUGGCGCACGGAGACAAAGAAGCGCAGGAAACCAUUGUCCAAUCGAAAAUGCCGGAGAAGGGCGUGUCACUGCGAAUAGAGAAUGAUGACGAAGAAGAAGCUUCCUUCAUCCAAUCCGCAUUUGGUGGGUGCAUUCCCGAUGUGGCGGAGUUGGAAUGCAAUGGCGAGAAUGGGCAAGAAGCAAAAUCGAAGCUCUCUUCUUGUUUUCACAUGGAGUAGACUACAGUAGUGUUGAAAGUAACAUGUUAUAGACGACUAAAUCAUAGAACAUUUUGAAAUGCGCC